UAUUAUCUCUGAGAGUCUGAAGAAGCCAUGCUUCUGUAGCGGUGCCAACCAACUUGGAACUGAUCUUUCCUGUGAAAAAUCGUAAUCAUGACAUCGACCUACUUUCUCGUCUCUUUCUUUCUACCUUUCUUUGCUUCUUCAUCUUUCUCUCUUUCUCCUCUCAUAUAUUCUCUCUAUGCAAGCAACUUCAUCACGAUAACCUCUUAUCUCCUCAGCCAUGGCUUCAACGUCUCUCGGAGCUUCGAUUCUCGUUUCUCACUGCUCCUCAGCUCCUGAAUUUCAAGUUUCUGGGAUGAGAUUGGUGUUUGGUUACAAGGCUUUUGGCUGCAGAACUUCACGCAGGGGAUUUCGAGUUCGCUGCGAAUCCAAGAUUCAGGAGAAGGAGUUAAGGCGGUGUUCGCCAUUCUUAGAACGCUUAUCAUUGCCAAGGGAGGCUGCUUUGAGCUCUAAUGAAUGGAAGUCUGUUCCUGAUAUUUGGAGAUCAUCUGUGGAGAAGUACGGUGACAGAGUUGCGGUGGUAGAUCCGUAUCAUGACCCGCCUUCUACAUUCACGUACAGACAGUUGGAACAAGAAAUCUUGGACUUUGUUGAGGGUUUACGAGUCGUUGGAGUGAAAGCAGACGAGAAGAUUGCACUUUUUGCUGAUAACUCCUGUCGAUGGCUUGUUGCGGAUCAAGGUAUAAUGGCCACAGGAGCAGUCAAUGUUGUUAGAGGAUCCAGAUCGUCUGUGGAAGAGUUAUUGCAGAUAUACUGUCAUUCGGAAAGUGUAGCCCUUGUUGUGGAUAACCCUGAGUUUUUCAAUCGCAUUGCGGAGUCAUUUUCUUACAAGGCAGCUCCAAAAUUUGUGAUUCUUCUCUGGGGGGAAAAAUCGUCGUUGGUUACAGCGGGUAGGCACACACCAGUCUAUAGUUACAACGAAAUUAAAAAGUUUGGACAAGAGAGACGUGCAAAAUUUGCAAGAUCUAAUGAUUCUGGGAAGUAUGAAUAUGAAUACAUCGAUCCAGAUGAUAUAGCCACAAUUAUGUAUACCAGUGGAACCACAGGAAAUCCAAAAGGUGUUAUGCUCACACAUCAGAAUUUGUUACACCAGAUAAGAAACUUGUCCGAUUUUGUGCCUGCGGAAGCUGGGGAAAGAUUUCUGAGUAUGUUGCCAUCAUGGCAUGCUUAUGAACGGGCUUGUGAAUACUUCAUAUUUACAUGUGGAGUUGAGCAAAAGUAUACGUCUAUAAGAUUCUUAAAGGAUGAUCUCAAGCGUUAUCAACCACACUAUCUUAUUUCAGUUCCUUUAGUAUAUGAGACACUCUACAGCGGGAUUCAAAAGCAAAUUUCUGCAAGCUCCCCUGCUCGUAAAUUUUUGGCACUUACAUUGAUCAAAGUCAGCCUGGCAUAUACGGAAAUGAAAAGAGUUUAUGAGGGUCUUUGUUUGACAAAAAAUCAAAAGCCUCCAAUGUAUAUUGUUUCGUUGGUGGAUUGGUUGUGGGCGAGAGUAGUUGCAUUUUUCCUAUGGCCAUUGCAUAUGUUGGCUGAAAAGCUUGUACACAGAAAAAUUCGUUCGUCUAUUGGGAUAACAAAGGCUGGUGUUAGUGGAGGUGGUAGUUUACCUAUGCAUGUUGACAAGUUUUUUGAGGCCAUCGGUGUGAAUGUACAAAAUGGGUAUGGUUUGACAGAAACCUCACCGGUUGUCUCUGCGCGGAGGCUUAGGUGUAACGUUCUUGGCUCAGUUGGGCAUCCUAUUAAAGAUACAGAGUUCAAAAUUGUAGAUCAUGAGACUGGUACUGUUCUUCCACCUGGUUCAAAGGGCAUUGUCAAAGUCAGAGGCCCACCGGUGAUGAAAGGUUACUACAAGAAUCCACUGGCCACCAAGCAGGUUAUAGAUGACGAUGGAUGGUUCAAUACUGGAGAUAUGGGUUGGAUUACUCCUCAGCACUCAACAGGACGGAGUCGUAGCUGUGGAGGUGUCAUCGUUCUUGAAGGGCGUGCCAAGGACACUAUCGUGCUUUCCACAGGUGAAAAUGUGGAACCAUUGGAGAUUGAAGAAGCGGCCAUGAGAAGCAAUUUGAUUCAACAAAUAGUGGUUAUUGGACAGGAUCAACGCCGCCUUGGAGCUAUUGUUAUCCCAAACAAAGAAGCAGCAGAAGGAGCAGCAAAGCAGAAAAUUUCACCUGUAGAUUCUGAAGUCAAUGAACUUAGCAAGGAGACGAUAACAAGCAUGGUCUAUGAAGAACUAAGGAAAUGGACGUCACAAUGCUCGUUCCAAGUUGGACCAGUUCUGAUCGUGGAUGAACCAUUCACGAUAGACAACGGUUUAAUGACACCGACAAUGAAAAUAAGACGGGACAAGGUGGUUGAUCAAUACAAGAAUGAAAUAGAAAGACUCUACAAGUAGACUAGAAAUUUUAGCAUCCUCUUUAUUUUACAAUUAUCUUGUUAAGGAUUAGCAAAUGUGAACCAGUUCUUACUCCAUUGUUAAUAUAAGCUGCAUAUAUCUUUGUUCAUCAACUAGGGAUUUCCAAGUUCUGCAGCACUAUGGAUACUUAUUGAGUCUAAUAGAAUCAAUAAUUGGAAGAAGCAGUUAAACCGGUCAAAAGACCUAAGUAUGUUGGAGGGUUUGAGAUAUCUUGACAUUCUGUGUUUAGAGGAAGGCUAGAUGUUGAUACAAUAUUGUAUAAUUUGCAUAAUUAUAUUAUCCGUUCAAUCCAAAAGCAUUUAAGUGCGA